AUUUUGCUAUAAAUAGAAGCAAACCUUUGGCCAUUUUCAAAAUAAAAGGUCGAACCAUAUAUUUGUGAAAGUAUCCUAAGUGUGGUGAAGUGAAGAUCAUCAUGAAAUCUACUUGUGCCGUUCUUGCUAGCCUCUCACUAAUUCUACUGUUUUCCUGUGAGAGUACUGAAUCAAGAAAAGAUCCAGCAGGAGAAUACUGGAGCAUUGUGAUGAAAGAACAGCCAAUGCCAAAGGCAAUUCAAAGCCUUAUUAUUCCUGGUCAUAAUUAUGAUCACUCCACACCAAAAAUUCCCAACCACCCAAAACCCAAGUGUUCUAACCAUGAUAAAAGUCCUAAUACUUUCACUCAAGACUUUGAACCAGAACCUCAUGUUACCUCAUAUCCCGACGACGAUAAUGUUAAAUCAUCAGUAAAAACAUUGUUUACUAAAGAUUUUGAACCUGAACCUCAUGCUACUGCUUAUCCUGACAAUGAUGUUAAAUCAUCAGUAAAAAUAUUGUUUACCAAAGAUUUUGAGCCUGAGCCUCAUGCUACUGCUUAUCCUGACAAUGAUGUUAAAUCAUCAGUAAAAACAUUGUUUACAAAAGAUUUUAAACCUGAGCCUCAUGCUACUGCUUAUCCUAACAAUGAAGUUAAAUCAUCAUCAGGAAAAUAUUCACUGUUUAAUAAAGAUUUUGAACCUGAGCCUCAUGCCUCAGUUUAUCCUGACAAUGAAGUUAAAUCAUCAUCAGGAAAAUAUUCAAUAUUUACUAAAGAUUUUGAACCUGAGCCUCAUGCCACUGCCUAUCCUAUCGAUAUUCAAACCAAAUAGGCGGCAACAUAUCACAUCUUACCAUGCAAAUACUCAUAAAUCAUUUGCAGAAGAUUUCGAACCUACCGUGCACGUUACAAAUUACAACGAGAAAGGCAUUCCCCAAUCUUAAGUCUAUGAUUGUAUUUAGUACGUUGAUUAUAUUCUCUAUAUACAUGUGUACGUGUCUACUUAUGAUUAUCCUUGUAAUAAUAAAUGUUUGUUUUCGGAUCUAAAACAAGCUUUAGGUGGUUGUUGCUUUGAUGCAAAUGCAAUGUAAUAAGAAUCUUAAUGGGAAUAGUGUCAUGAUAUUUGCCUA